GUUGGACACCAAUCGAUGGCAGCCACAUCCACCUCAGCCAUCAAGGAAAAUUCAUCUAGAGUUCGUUUCAUCGUCCACCUCUUCAUCAUGUAUUCCUCGAUCGUGAUUCUCCUCGUAGCGGUUCUGUCGGUCGCGACCGCGGCUCCGUCAGGCUAUCUGGGCCUUGGCGCCGCUCUAGCCGGUCCGAUUUUAGGCCCCGCGGCUCUCGCUGGACCUCAAAACGGACCAUCUGUACUAUCAGGCCCGGUGGUCGGACCCGCGCGCAUCUCCGGGGCUGUCGAUGGCGGCGCCGUCGUGACCGGAUCAGUUGCUGGACCGUCGGUCGUUUCCGGUAGCGUCACCGGACAGACGGCAGUGAUUGCCCCCGCUCUUGGCCUUGCGGCACCAGCCUGGGGGGGCUGGGGGGGGUUGCCUGCAGCUUAUGGAGCGGUGCUUGCUGGUCCUGCUGUAGGUCCAGCAGCCCUCGCCGGACCAGUCGCAGCCCCCGCUUUGAUUGCUGGCCCAUCUGGUAGCAUCGCCGCUGGACAUGCCGGAUUAGGCGGUAUCAUUCGUGGACACUUGUAAUUCGAAUUAUUCGGCAAUAUGAAUAAAGGACCUUCGCGCGACGAUCUCUUCGACACUCGCUUAUUACAUCACGAUCUUCGUCAUUUGGUGUAUCUUUCGUUUCUUAUAUGUCACGUGUACAUAAUAUAAUUUCGUAUAUACAUUGUUAUAUAUAGUAAUAAUAAUAAUAAAUGCACUUCUGGAACGAAAA